AGUGUGACCUCCCCGAAACUUGGCAGCUCCUUUAAUCUAGACAUUGAUGGCAGGACAAAGAGGUGCCUGCACCAUGAGUGAUGUGGUAGAGAGGAGCUUGGAAGGACCCUUAGCACCGACUACAGACAAGUCCUCCCAGAAAAGGGGAGACUUGGUGGAAAUAUUAACUGGGGAGAAGGUAAAAUUUGACGACACGAGACUUUCUUUAAUUCUUCAGAACGGCCUGGAGACGCUGAGAGAGGAAAAUGCUUUGACAGACGUCAUCUUGUGUGUGGACAUUCAGGAAUUCUCUUGCCAUCGAGUGGUGCUUGCUGCAGCCAGCAACUAUUUCAGGGCCAUGUUCUGCAAUGACUUAAAAGAAAAGUAUGAGAAGAGGAUCAUUAUUAAAGGGGUGGAUGCUGAGACCAUGCACACUCUCCUGAUCUACACAUACACAAGCAAGGCUCUGAUCACCAAGCAGAAUGUUCAGCGGGUUCUGGAGGCUGCCAACCUUUUCCAGUUUUUACAGCUGGUGGAUGCCUGUGCCAGCUUUCUCACAGAAGCAUUGAACCCAGAAAAUUGUAUUGGAAUACUGAGGCUGGCAGACACACAUUCCUUGGACAGUUUAAAGAUGCAAGUCCAAAGUUACAUCAUUCAAAACUUCGUUCAGAUUCUGAAUUCCGAGGAGUUCCUUGAACUUCCUGUGGACACUUUGUACCACAUCUUGAGGAGUGACGACCUGUGUGUGACUGAGGAGGCUCAAGUGUUUGAGACUGUGAUGAGCUGGGUCCGGCACAAACAAUCAGAACGACUCUGCCUGCUCCCUUGUGUCCUUGAGAAUGUGCGCUUACCACUUCUGGACCCAUGGUACUUCGUGGAGAUGGUCGAAGCAGACCCGCUCAUUAGACAGUGUCCUGAAGUCUUCCCGCUGCUUCAGGAGGCCAGGAUGUACCACCUUUCUGGCAAUGAGAUUAUUUCAGAGCGCACCAAGCCCAGGAUGCAUGAGUUCCAGUCUGAGGUGUUCAUGAUCAUUGGCGGCUGUACAAAGGAUGAACGAUUUGUGGCAGAGGUUACCUGCCUGGACCCCCUGAGGCGCAGUCGCCUGGAGGUAGCCAAGCUCCCACUGACAGAGCAUGAACUGGAGAGUGAGAAUAAGAAGUGGGUGGAGUUUGCAUGUGUGACGUUAAAAAAUGAGGUCUACAUAUCAGGUGGCAAAGAAACACAGCAUGAUGUUUGGAAAUACAAUUCCUCCAUCAACAAAUGGAUUCAGAUCGAAUAUUUAAACAUAGGCCGCUGGAGGCAUAAGAUGGUUGUAUUGGGUGGCAAAGUCUAUGUACUUGGGGGUUUUGAUGGCUUACAAAGGAUCAACAAUGUGGAGACGUAUGACCCCUUCCACAACUGCUGGUCAGAGGCUGCACCCCUCCAUGUCCAUGUCAGUUCCUUUGCAGCUACCAGCCACAAGAAGAAGUUGUAUGUCAUUGGAGGAGGACCCAAUGGGAAGCUGGCCACAGACAAGACUCAGUGUUACGAUCCUUCCACCAAUAAAUGGGUUUUGAAGUCAGCCAUGCCAGUAGAGGCUAAAUGCAUCAAUGCAGUGAGUUUCCAGGAUCACAUCUAUGUUGUUGGUGGUGCCAUGAGAGCACUCUACGCUUAUAGCCCUCUGGAAGACAGCUGGUGUCUGGUGACACAGCUCAGCCAUGAGCGAGCCAGCUGUGGCAUCGCACCCUGCAACAACAAGCUGUAUAUCACGGGUGGGAGGGACGAGAAGAAUGAGGUCAUUGCCACUGUGCUCUGCUGGGACCCUGAGACUCAGAAGCUGACUGAGGAAUGUGUGCUGCCAAGGGGAGUAUCACAUCAUGGCAGUGUCACCAUCAGGAAGUCAUAUACUCACAUCCGGAGGGUUGUCCCUGGAGCAGUGUCUGUGUGACUGCCCCUGGAGUCUCUAAGCACUGAUUCUGACCCUAGCUUGCCCAUGUCAUCCCUUGUGAGCCACAGGCUUGGCUUGGGCUUAAGGUUCAUCAUGGUGCACCUGGGAAGACAAAGCUUUGGGAUAUGUGAGACCAGCCAGGAAUGCUGUGUGAACUACCUCAGGAUGAAGGGUAAUGUUUAACAUUCCAUGCAUGCCUACUUACCCUGGCCUGUGCCAGGCACUUAGCCAUUGUAAUUUACUUAACUGUGGUAAUGGCCUGCUGCCAGAGAGUAUCAUGCUUGUUUUAGAGGAAGGAAAAAGGAGUUUCAGACAGACCAGUUUUCACUUGGUCUCUCAGGAAGCAAGAAGCUAAGCCAGAAUAAACCCAGGUCUUUCCAUGUCAGUCCCUGUGUCUCCCACCAUACGGCUUAAUUCAGACAGGAAAACAGAAAGCCAACUGCAAACUUGGCUGGUGUCUCUUUUUAGCAAGUUUGCUAAAGAUAAGGGAAUAAAGAUAUUUCUCUGUA